GGGGGGCGUGGUUGAGUUGAUGAAAGUGUCAACCUGACUUUUUACUGUGCAUAGUAGUAGCCUACACAAAAAGACACUGACAGCGAGCUACUGACAACUGUUAAAAUUUAUGUGCCAGACAACUGUAUGUUAUUAGGUAAUUGGCAACUAGAUAAAACCUGUAUUUAUACUCAUAACCCAUAUAGAUUAAUAUGGGUCAGCCUAGCAUCUCUAUAUCAAGUAUGAUUCAAUCCCCUGUUGGGUUACUAAGGCCAGGAAUGUGGUUACCUGGAGUUCGAAAUUUUCACUGCCACAAAGAAAGUUGGUUAUGUGAUGCCAGUGAGAAAGACAGAAUAACAGCUGUGUUAGAAAGUUUAAAACGAGUAAAACAAGAUGAUGAUACUGGUUCCUUCUAUGAUAUUCACAAGGUUACUGAUAACUUUAUAAGAAUAUUUGUAUUUACGUUCGCGGAAUGGUUGGAUAUUAUUGAAAUUGAAAUGAAACCCAAUAUAACGCAUGUUACAGCAUUCUCCUCCGGUUUUCUACCAUUGUGUAUUCCAUUUGCCUGUGUUAUCAAUCUGGCCCUUUUUUGGAUACCAUUUUCAGACAUGGGACUAAAUAAACGAAGAGUUGAUGCAUUAAAAGAAAGAAUUAGUCUUCAAAUUCAAGUAACCAAUGUAAAUUAACUGUUACGGACAGGAAAAUCUAACAAUUACCCUGGACCUACUGAUUUAGGAAGCGUUGGACUCAAUGCCUACACUGAUCAAUUUGAAUUUCAGGCAUUUAAGAAAAGAAUGUGAUCACUGAUGGAUUUUUCAGCUUUUAAAAUUUGUUCAUUUUUUAUUCAAAUAUUAUAUAUUUAAAUCAUUAUUUUCAAAAUGUGUAAAUCACUAUUUUCAAAAUAUGUAUAUCAGGGAUCAAAGGCGUAUUUUUUUUCAUCGCAUGAGCCAUGAAGAUUAACAUUGUGUACAAAUUUCAAGUUAAGUGUAGGCCUAUGUAGCCUGGUCUAGUGCAUACAAAAGAUGAUUACAGUCAUCAAGGGCAGCAGUGCUGAAAAUGAUAAUCAAAAAAAAUAGAAAAUCAAUAGGCUGCCUCAUGAAUAUAAACAUUGUGCAUUAAUUUAAAGAUACAUUAUGGGAGAUUAGAUAAAGAGCCGACAGUUCUCGCUAUAAUAGUUAAAAACUAGAUAAUGUAAAGGUAAUUUGUUGAAAAUUUCAGUCAAAUUGAUCCACUAUGAACCGAGAUAUCAGCUUUGGAAAUUUGCGCAUAGCUCGUUCACCUUUCCUAUAGUUAGUACGUUAAAUAGCAUAGUCUUGAUUAUCCAUUGUUUUGAUUUAAUUAUCAAUGAGCGUUAGCAGCAUAUAGGAUUCUAAUCCAGUCGAUAUCGAAGGCUAGCCUUGACAUCGAGAGUUGAUUAUGGUCUUGAUAAGUUAAUUAAUGUCUAAUUAAUAAUUUAGAUAACAUUUUAGGCCUAAAUAAAGACCUGCGAUAGGCAGAUUUAGCUCUUGCAUAAUGCAUGUUUAAUGAUAACUUGAAUUUUUAGAACUUCAAAAGGACAAUACGACAAUAUAUCACAUAUGUGCAUAUAAUCAUUAAAACAUGAUUAUAAAACACUUAAUGAUAUGAAAUGGGGUUUAACAUCCUACUUUUCUGCACCAAAUAAUAAGAUGGGUAUGUGCCAUGCCAUAUGAAAUCUUGGACCUCCUGGCUAGUGAGCCAGCAAAAAAAACACUUUUUUCUACAAGUUGAUCCUAAGCAAUUCUAAGUUCGGCUAUCCACAAUGGACAUCUAAAGUUCACUUGAUUUCAUACCUCCAUCUUUAUUGUCUUAGAAGCGUCUGAUGAUGAAUGAAGGAUACUAAUUUCUGUCUAUGAACAUCAAUAUCAAGAUGGUAUCUAGAAACACAACAUAGUCCAUAAAUCUAAAUAAUAUAGAUGCAUUAUUUUUUUUAAAAAUACUCUUUAUUUAUAUAUUUCAUUGCAGCAAGAUAAACUUCAGAUAAUUUUUAUUUCAUGGUAAUUUUUAUUAUUUUUAAAAAUACUCUUUAUAUUUAUAUUUAAACCCACCAGUUGUGUUUGUAUAAU